ACAUGUAUAUGCGUCAGGUUUUAGUGAGUUAAAAAGAAGGCUUCUUCUUCUCUUAUAGUUUAUUUGUUCUUGUUGAAGGAUUCUCCUGUUUCACAGAGAGAGAGAGAGAGAGAGAGAGAGAAGAGAGAGAGAGAUCAUCAGCAGAGCAGAGAGGAAGUAAUGGCAGGUUUGUUUGACAAGCAAGCAGAUGUGUACUUGGAUGCAAGGCCAACUUAUCCCAAGGAAUGGUAUUCCAAAUUAGCAGUUCUCACCCCUCACCACACUCUCGCUUGGGAUGUUGGAACGGGCAAUGGCCAAGCCGCUCUCAGUGUUGCUGAGCACUAUGAACAAGUAAUUGGAACCGAUGUGAGUGAAUCCCAGCUGCAGCGUGCAAUGCUGCAUCCUCGGGUUCGAUAUGCCCACACGCCGUUAAGCAUCACCGAUGAUGAAGUAAUAGCCUUGGUAGGGGGAGAAGAUUCGGUUGACUUGGUGACUGUAGCUCAAGCUGUGCACUGGUUUGACCUACCGAAGUUUUACAAUCUUGUUUCACGUGUUUUGAAGAAGCCAGGAGGUGUAUUUGCUGUUUGGUGCUACAAUGACAUUGAAGUUGAUCCAACAUUUGAUCCUAUAAUGAAGCGAUUUCAUGACACAACACUUCCCUUUUGGGACAAGAACGUCCAGUAUGUGUUUGAUGGCUAUAAGACACUUCCAUUUCCCUUUGAAAGUGUUGGUUUCGGAUCGGAGGGGAACCCAUUGCCACUGGGCAUUCCAAAGCAGCUGUCAUUUGAAGGGUUUUUGAAGAUGCUGAGUUCAUGGUCUGCAGUCACUACAGCCAAGGACCAAGGUGUAGAUUUGUUACCUGAAAAGGUGGUUAAAGAGUUUGAAGGUGCUUGGGGUGGUUCCAAAUUGGUAAGGUCAGUCAGCUACAAGGCUUUUAUGCUUGCUGGAAAAGUUAGGCUGCGAAGCCUGUGAUAUAUCAGUUCAAGUCCAGUCCAAUCCAGCAAGAACUAGUCCAAAAUAAUGACACCAUCCAUCACGAAGCAGGAUUGAUUGUUCUUUAUUUUUAAUUAUGCUUUGGUGGUUCUAUCCAAAAAAAUAAAAACUCUGUUUUGGUGGAUUAUUCUAUGCAUUUCUUUCAAUGCAGAGCAAUGGCAUUGGCUCAUGAAAGCCAUUAUAAUUCAAACAAA